AACGAGCAAUCUGAGAGCACCUAGCAUAUUGCAAGGCACCUUGGGUUUUCUCCUACUCGUUCCGUUUCUCCUUGAAUUCCGUUCUUUUCAUCUUCCUGACAAUCAUGCCUUCAAACGAAAAAUUGGAUCCUGAAAAACUUUCAGACCAUGAGAAUGAAAGGUAUCAAGAUUCUGAACGUGACAAGGACAAAUCUCACAAGUCUAAGUCUUCUUCAAAGUCCAAAGAUCUAUCUCAUGUACCUUGUAAAUUCUUCAAGGUCGGCGCUUGCACAGCAGGCUCUUCUUGUCCAUUCUCCCAUGCAGUCCAAGAGCCUGGUCACCAGAAGGACGUCUGCGCAUGGUUCGUCAAGGGAAACUGCAAGUUUGCCCAUAAAUGUGCAUUAGCCCACGUUCUUCCAGGCCAGAGCAUGUCAAUGGACAGGAAAAAUAAGAAGUCGGCCCAGCUCGCUGCCAACGCCGCGGGAGGUGGAGGUCAAAAGGAUGGAGCAAAAGCAGGGAGGAGUGUUAAGAAAGAUACUCAUGCGCAUCAUGGUUCAGGCGGUGUUUCUGCUGCUGGCAAUGUUCGCGGGGGUCUUUUUUCAGGUUCCACCGCUCCCACAAGGUCUCUCACCGCUUCUACUCGCCCUCCAAUUUCUAUGCCAUUAAAGGCCACGAUUUCCCCUUCCGCCCCCGCCCCACCCCUCAACGACACCGAUUUUGCGUCGUUUACCCUUCCAGAUGACACAGAAAAGUUGCCAGCAGCGCCUCUCCAGAGACGACCUACGCCUCCGUCCGAACCCGAGUCACCGGUGCCCGCUCAAGAUAGCGAGUUCAAGGAAGAGCACAAAAGUCCAUCCCCACCAACUCUCCCUCUCAGCAUGCCUAGCACCCGACGUUCCGGUCUAUCACAUCGCCCCACAGAUUCCGCGGAUCUUGGCCCCAUCGGAUCUCCGCCACGUGGUUCCCUUCCCCGCACUGGACUCGCUAAUGGAUUUUCACCUGCCACAUCGCCUGCCGCUCCAGCAAUCUCCUCCACGUUACCUGCUCAGUCUCAGUCUGUAUUCCAGUCCUAUGAUUCCCAACCCUUGAUACUAGAUACAAAACGUCGUUCCGGGCUCGCCGCGUCCCUCGGUGCGUGGAAAACAGAACUGGGACCUGUUCCCUCGCAGGUUGUCAACCGUGGGGACGGUAGUCUCAAUGUGCGUGGUCCCGACCAUGAGGUUGCUGUUGAAGACGAGGACCUCGAGGAGUUCCUGCCAAGCUCCCUCAAUGACCUUUUGACCCCCGAGGAACGCUCGCGCAGAAUGUCGCGUACAAAUUCUGGCCGCUCUGCUCAGGUCCAGAACAACGGUCUUGGCCUUGACCCCCCUUUCCUCACUGCGCAUUCGCAAGCGGAGGGCUCUCGUCACCAUUAUUCACGUUCCGUGCCAGCUACCUCGCUUCUCGGUGAUGUCAAGUCCAUUUGGGCAGAGCGGUCCGGCGGGCUUCCCGGUUCCCCUGACACAUCUCAUGCAUUCAAUUUGGCAGUCGGCACACCUAGUUCAUUCAAAUCCGCGAGCGGCUUCGGAGGACGCUCCUUUACUAAUGAAGACGUGAACCCAUCUUCAUCCCUUCUUUCUCCAUCUAAUGCUUCUGCCGCGUUUCUCCCCUCGUUACACCAGUAUUACCUUAACUCAAAGCCAAGUGGCAUCCAGCGUUCUACUUCUGGUCUCGGCCGACCUGCUGGCUCCCCCCUACAACCACCCACCCCUCAGAACCCACCCCCAACUUCAUUCUCUCCCCCACGGAUCAGUUCCCUCGGUGGGCAUCGCCCGCCGUUUGACGAACACGCCUCUGGGCGGCCUAUUCCAUUUGGCGGUGAGGGUGAGGAGCGUCCAGCUGCUAUCUCCCCUUCCAUCCGUGCUCUGCAGGCACACGCACCGGGGCAGAGCCUGCCGCAGGGGCUUGCGGCAGGUUAUUCUCGCAUCCAUGCACUCCCAAUGACAAUGUCGCCCUCCUCAGCCGCAGCCUUCAGCCCUGGCUCCAACAACAACCCUUACUCCCUCAAUCAAGACUGGAUCGGGAGCUCCGCGAACCAUUCCGAUCAUCUCUUCGCUGCAGAUGGAGGUGUGCCUCUUUCGAGCUCGAUGGCGGGCCUGGAGUCGAUGUUCUCACGGCUGUCGUACUCUGCGGCGGCAACGUCGCGUUCGCCGCUGAACAACACCGGCCUGGCUCAUUCGCCAACGCAAGGCUCGCCACUGGGUGUCGGUAUCCAACGUGGCACACCUGGCAACCGGAACUGGCACGCCCAGAGCCCAUUGAGCAAGCCUGUUGUUACAGCAGAUGAUGAUGAGCUAUUCAGUAUGGAUGGAUGAUGUACUAAGCUGCGCGUAGAAGUAAAACCGCGCCUCUGCUUUGGUUUCGGGGACGCCAUACCUCAUUCUCUUGUAUUGCAUGGUGACGGUGUAUGUAUGUGUGGGGGUCGUCAGAUCAUCUACGUAAAAUAUAUUUAUACCACCUUGAGCUCUCUUUAAUGGUUUAGAUGGCGCAUGUAAAAGGUGUUUUUUUUUUUGGCAAGUGGUUGCAGGACGGUUUAUUCCACAGAUUUAUGAACGAGUGUGCCAGCCCUAUCCCACCGCUACCGGAGAUUGAUGUUGACUAUGUAGCAAGCGCUGCCAAGGGGUAGUGUUAUUAUUAGAUGGCUCGUGACCACGUGACCGCGUCAA